GAAAUGGUUUUAAAGAGCUCCUAGGCCUAACUUGAUCACUCAUACCAGAAAAAAAGGAAGCAAUCUUGCCAUAGUUUCUCCAUAGUUCUUGGCUACUGUGGUAUCAAAAGGAGCUCUUAUAACAAAGAUGGAAGAAGAGAAGAAGACAGUUAGGUGUUGCAGUGAGUGCAAGACCACCAAGACACCAAUGUGGAGAGGUGGACCAUCUGGUCCCAAGUCACUUUGCAAUGCAUGUGGGAUCAGAUUAAUGAAACAAAGACGGUCCGAGCUAUUGGGUAUUCGUAUUAUUCACAGCCACAAAGCCUACAAGAAGAUAAAUUCAUCACCAUCAUCACUAUCAUUUUCACAUGGUGGCGUGUCUUUGUGAUGUAGGAGACUCUUAGAUUUACAGAACCUAAUCUAGAAGUUUUCCUUUUAUUUCAUGUUUUCUUUUUCUUGUAGGGAUUUACCUUUUUAUGUUUUAGGCUCUCUCUAUUUAAGAGGGUUUUAGGUAUUCUGUUUUGGACAUUCAUAUCUUUUCUUAUCAAUAGAAGUUUUCAAGCUUUUAUCUUUUCUGGUGGAUUCCAGAGCUUAAUAUUCGAGUUCUUGCUUGAGAGCUUGAUUUUGAUCUAAGGGUUAGUGUUUGCUAACCUUAGUGAUUUCCGACUGCGUCAAGUGGUAUCAGAGCAAGGUCUUCUCCUUCUCUUUUCGAAGCUUGAUCAGCCAUGGGUGAUCAACCAGUAACCAAAGCCGACUUCGAGGGUUUCGCAGAAGGUUUAAGGGAGGCAACCACAAACCUCACUGCUGUAACUGCUCAAUUGGCAAAUCUGGUAACUGCGUUAAAUAAUCAGGUUGUGGCUUAUCCCAAUCAGGUUAAUAACGCCGGUCAAAGAGGUGGAGAAAGAAGACCAAUUCGGGGUCAACAAGGUCGAAACAAUCGUGAUGUUGUUGUUGAUAAUUCUAGUUCAGAAGAAGAAUCAGAAGAAGAAAUAGCUGAAGGAAACCAACAAAACAAUUAUGAUUAUCGGGUAAAAGCCGAUAUUCCAUUGUUCUAUGGAACUAUGGGAGUGGAGGAGUUUCUUGAUUGGCAAAUUGAUGUUGAUCAAUUUUUUGAUGUCAUGGGCGUUCCUGAGAAUAAACAAGUUAAGAUGGUAGCUGUCAAACUGAAGAAGACUGCUGCAGUGUGGUGGGAUAAACUCGUUGUCCAAAGGCAAAGACAAAGGAGAGGACCAGUUAGGACUUGGCGUCGAAUGAAGCAAUUAAUGCUGGAGCGAUUCUUACCGGAAGAUUACGAACAAAUUCUUUACAAGAUGUAUCUCGAUUGUGUUCAAGGAAACAGAACUGUGACCGAGUACACAGCUGAAUUCUUGCGUUUCUCUGAACGCAAUGAGUUAGGCGAAACAGAGAAUCAGAAGGUGGCUAGGUACAUCAGUGGGUUAAAGGGUUCUCUUCAUGGAAAGAUGGGUUUGCAAACCGUAUGGACCGUGCAGGAAGCUUCCAGUCUAGCAUUAAAAGCUGAGUUAAUGGAGAAGUCAUCACGCGGGUUCUCAGCAUUUAGAAGAAACACGGCUCAGACCAAUUUUGAACCAACAAGUGAGAAAGAAAAGAGUGUAGCCAAUAAAGACUCCAAUCCGGGAAACAAAGGAGCUAGUAGCUCUAACUCAAUCCAACAGAACAAGGCACCAGCUCAGAGACAAAACAAUCCUUAUGCUAAGCCUUCCAUUGACAAGUGUUUCCGUUGCCAAGGACAUGGUCAUAAAUCAAAUGUCUGUCCAAGUCGGAGAACAGUUGCUAUAAUAGAGGAAGAAGAUGAAGAGGAUGAAAAGGAUUUCGCUGAGAAUGAAGAAUAUGAGGGAGCUAAAUUCGCUGAAGAAGAAUCUGGAGAGAUGAUAAACUUUGUGCUGCAACGAGUCUUGUUAUCAUCUAAAGAAGAAGGCCAACGUAAGAAUUUGUUUAGAACACAUUGUUCUAUUCAAAACAAGGUGUGUAAUGUGAUUGUGGAUAAUGGAAGCUCGGAGAAUUUAGUUUCUCAAAAGCUGGUGGACUAUCUGAAGUUACCCACAACCCGUCAUGAGAAACCGUACGGUCUUGGUUGGGUGAAGAGAGGAUCACAAGUUCGAGUUAGCAUGACUUGCAAAGUUCGCAUAUCUAUAGGUAAACAUUAUAAGGAGGAGAUCACUUGUGACGUUCUUGACAUGGAUGUUUGUCACAUUCUUCUUGGACGACCUUGGCAGUAUGAUAACGAUAUCACAUAUCGAGGUCGAGACAAUAUGAUAAUGUUUACGUGGGGCAACCAUAAAAUUGCCAUGGCACCUGUUAAGGAUUUUUGUAACACUGCGAAGGAAAAGAAGUCAAGUUUCUUGGUUAUGACACAUGACGACAAAGAGCUUGAUGGGGAUGUUCAAGAAGCAAAGUGUUUCUAUCCCUUGGUUGUUAAAGGGUUGUUGAGUGCAGCAACGGAGGAAACGUCAACCCCACGAGAAGUGUUAGAAAUUCUGGAUGAUUUCAAAGAGUUGAUUGCGGAAGAACUUCCUAAUGAUCUACCUCCCAUGAGAGAUAUUCAGCAUCAUAUUGACUUGAUUCCAGGAUCCAGUCUGCCAAAUCUUCCCCAUUACCGUAUGAGCCCUAAGGAGAAUGAGAUUUUAAGGGAACAGAUUGAAGAUUUGCUGAGAAAAGGAUUUAUUCGUGAGAGCAUGAGUCCAUGUGCCGUACCGGUUCUGCUAGUUCCUAAGAAAGGUAACCAGUGGAGGAUUUGUGUUGAUAGUAGAGCCAUUAAUAAGAUAACCAUUAAAUAUCGAUUCCCUAUACCCCGGUUGGAAGAUAUGCUUGAUGAGUUGUCAGGUUCUAAGGUGUUUUCAAAGAUAGAUCUUCGAAGUGGUUAUCAUCAAAUUCGAAUCAGGCCUGGAGAUGAGUGGAAAACUGCUUUUAAGAGUAAAGACGGAUUAUUCGAAUGGAUGGUGAUGCCUUUUGGGUUGUCAAAUGCUCCUAGCACUUUCAUAAGAUUAAUGAACCAGGUUCUCCGCCCGUUCAUUGGUUCUUUUGUGGUGGUUUAUUUUGAUGACAUUUUGAUAUACAGUAAAACAAAAGACGAGCAUAUGGAACAUUUGAAGCAAGUUUUGCAGGUUUUACAAGAAAACCAACUGUACAUCAAUCUUAAAAAAUGUACGUUCUGCACCAACAAGCUGUUAUUUCUUGGAUUUGUUAUUGGUGAAGAAGGGAUUCAGGUUGACCAGGAGAAAGUGAGUGCCAUAAGGGAUUGGCCGGUUCCUAAGUCAGUCACUGAGAUACGCAGCUUUCAUGGUCUAGCUACUUUCUACAGAAGAUUUGUUAGAGAUUUUAGUACCAUUACUGCGCCUAUCACUGAGUGUUUGAAGAAAGGGAAGUUUCAUUGGGGAUCCGAACAGGAAGAGAGUUUUGCUUUAAUUAAAGAGAGGCUUUGUACUGCACCAGUAUUAGCCUUACCCGAUUUUGACAAAGUGUUUCAAGUGGAAUGUGACGCUAGUGGUGUGGGAAUAGGUGCCGUCUUAUCACAAGAAAAACGACCGAUAGCUUUCUUUAGUGAAAAGUUAAGUGAAGCUCGCCAAAAGUAGAGCACGUAUGAUCAAGAGUUAUAUGCGGUUUUUCGAGCUCUUCGACAAUGGGAGCAUUACUUGGUUCAGAGAGAGUUUGUUCUAUUUACAGACCACCAAGCUCUAAAGUAUCUUCACAGCCAGAAAGUGAUAAAUAAGAUGCAUGCUCGUUGGGUAAGUUUUCUGCAAAAAAUUUCCUUUCAUUAUUCAGCAUAAGUCUGGGACUCUUAACAAGGUGGCAGACGCCUUGAGUAGAAGAGCUUCCUUACUCACUAUCUUAGCACAAGAGGUUGUGGGUUUCGAGUUUCUGAAGGAGUUGUAUGAAUGUGAUGUUGAAUUCAAGGAGUUAUGGGGCAAAUGUAAUGGAAAGCAUCCUUCGGCAGAUUUCCACAUACGAGAUGGUUAUCUUUUUAAAGGAGACAGGCUGUGCAUU